AUGCCAAGUAAUAAAAAAAGAGUCGCAAUAAUCGGCGGGGGUGUUGCUGGAUUAAUUGUCGCAAGACAUGUAUCAGCCAGAACAGAAGACUAUAGUCUUAUGUUAUUUGAACAAACUGACCAAGUAGGAGGUACUUGGGUUUAUACUGACAAAACUGAAGUCGAUAAAAAUGGUCUUCCUGUACACAGUAGUAUGUACAAAAAUUUGAGAACAAAUUUACCUAAAGAAAUUAUGCAAAUCCCGGAUUUCCCUUUUAAAGACGAGGAUGGCCCGUCUUUUGUUCAUCACUCCGUAAUUCGUCAAUACUUACAAGACUACGCUCAGCAUUUCAAUCUCUUCCCUCAUAUCAAACUAAAUACUCUGGUGAAAUACGUAGAACCAGUAACUUUAAGUGAUCAGACAACUUGGUUGGUCACCUAUAAAAAUAUGGCCACUCUGGAAGAAACUACCGCAAGAUUUGAUGCGGUAGUUCUCUGUAAUGGCCACUAUACUGUAGGAAAUAUUCCUAAUAUAAAAGGAAGAAGUACUUUCAAGGGUACUUGCAUUCAUAGUCAUCAAUAUCGACUGCCGGAGAAUUACAAAGGAAGAAAUGUUUGUAUCCUCGGAGCUUCUUGGUCUGGAAUUGAUAUUGCUAUUGAAAUGUCUAAAUAUGCUGAGAAGAUUUAUUUAAGUCAUAACUUACCAGAAGGAUUGAAAGCCAAUAUAGCGAACAACGUCGAACAAAGAGCGGGUAUUGAAUUUAUUGAUGGUAAAACUUUUCACUUCAGAGACGGAACUUCUGCUGAAGUUGAUGACUUCAUUUAUUGCACUGGCUACAAGUUCACUUACCCAUUCAUGUCCGACAAGGUGAAAAUAAAAACAGACGAUAAUCAUGUCGAGCCGAUUUACAAACACCUUGUUCAUGCAGAUACGAAAAAUUUGUUCUUUAUGGGCUUGCCAGGAAUAGUAAUACCCUUCCCGAUGUUCCAUAUUCAGUCUCAGUUUAUUUUAAGGAUUCUUGAUGGACAUAUUAAGCUACCUUCUUCUGAAAAAAUGAAAUCUGAUUAUGAAAAAGAAAAGAACAUGCUUCUUCAACAAGGAAUUCCAAUAAGACAUAUUAUUAAAAUGAAGGAACGCCAAUGGGCUUACUAUGAUGAAAUUGCAACGGCGGCAAAUGUUGCAUCAUUUCCACCGGUUAUUAGAAAAAUUUACGAUCACUCCAGUGCUAUGCGGGAAUUGGAUUUCAUGACCUACAAGAAUUAUCAGUAUCGAAUUAUUGACAAAGAAAAUUUUACCGUUUGUUACGGUAAACAGGAAUAA